GAAGCAGAGUGAAGUCAUUCAGAGCUGGAAAAGGACUUCAGAAGUGGACAGCUGUGAACUGCACUGGACCAGACUGACCGGGAUUAUCUGAACAUGGAGAAUGAAAAAACAAAAGCAGAGGAGAAGACGGAGGAGAAGUCAGAGGAGAAGUCAGAAGAUACAGAAGAGAAUGUGGAAGAAGAAAGCCAGGGGAUUUCCCAGCUGUGGGGCCUGGUGGCUGAGCUGCGCGAGGGGCUCCAGGCGGCACUGACUGAGCUGUGCGAGCGGCGUCAGAUGGACCACGGUUUGGAAGACAAGCUUCAGGCCCAUCAGACCGAUGUGGACGAUAAGAUAAUGGGCCUCAAGAAUACACUCAACACAUUUAAGGAGGAGCUGAGUGUGGCGUUGUUCCACAUCAGGGACAUUUCCAGCAGACAGAGAGAGGUUCAGAAGAGGAUAGAACUGCUACAGUCAGAAAACAAAGAUUUCAUCUCAGUUCCACACAGCAGAAAGAACUCCAAAGCUGAUGUGCUGACAGCACCAGGUGAUGAACACAUUCGUGUGCCCAGCCAACCAGAACUCAGUGUUAUUCAGCACUUUUUUUCCAACCUGCCGAGCAGCGGGUCACCACAGAGGAGCACCACGUCAACACAGACCUCCACCUCUGAGCAAGAGCAGCAGAGAUCUUGUCCAGCGACCCCCAACAGUCAGACUGAAAUCAAUAAGAGACAGAGAGCAGCCUUGGAGCUGCUGGAGUCUGAGCGAGUUUACGUGUCCCACCUGUCCCUGCUUCUGAAGGCAAACAUCUCCUUCAACGGAUCAGAAGCUCUCACCUCCAAAGACAAACGUCCAUUUCCCAGCUCUCUGAGGUUUCUCAUCCAGCAACACCUUGAGCUCCUUCAUAUUCUUCAAGAACGUGUGCUGAAAUGCCAGUGGCAAGGCAUCAUGGGAGAUGUAUUCAUGAGGCUUACCUGCAAAGAGAGUGAUUUCUUGGACUUUUAUGUGUCCUACCUUAAGGAGCUCCCAGACUGUCUGUCGGUUGUCGCCAUGCUGACCUCCAGCUCCACGAAGUCUUCCGCCUUUGUGGAGAAUGACAUAACAGGUGAUGAAUCCAAACCCUCCCUCUACACUCUGCUGCUUCAGCCAGUUCAGAGGAUCCCUGAGUACCUGCUACUUCUACAGGGACUGCUUAGGCAGACAGAUGCAGAGCAUCCAGACUACUAUCUGCUGCUGGUGUGCAUACAGCAGUUCAGGGCUUUUACUACACAGUACCACCACCUUCUCCAGCACAAUCAGGAGCUUCUGCUGCUCAACCGCAAGGAGGUGAAGAGGUCUACUAUGAAACAUCUGUUAAAGACAGUAGAAAGUGGGAUUCAAGCCAGCAACGCCGGCUCACCGUACCCCUGCAGCAGUGCAAUGCUGGAACAUGCCAACCAGGUGAAGCGCAGAAAGCAGUGUCUCCUGGAGCAGAUUCAGUCGCACCAGUUCCAGGAUUGGGAACGAGACCAAGACCCUGAAACUCACAGCUAUGACGCAGAGUGGCCCUCCCACCUCCCCUUCUUCAGCGCUGAUCUGGACUCACGGAACCACAAACCGACAGGUCUUGGCAGUAUCCCAGAAAGUGAGCCGCCUGAGAGGUCCAUGUCGUGCCAGCAUCAUCUGCCCCCCAGACCUGCAGAAUUCCGUCAAGUUCAGCCGGGCUCUGCUCUGGCCGAUGCUCUCGGAGAGUUCCUCCUUCCUCCAGAUCCCCCAGGGCUGGAGAACCUCUAUGAAGAAGAUGGCGCCUCCCUUCAUGAUACAUCUAUGUUGGACCGCUGUUCUUCUGCCUCUUCUGAUUCUUCCAUUGACAUUGCCUUUGUGAAGUGCCCCAAAGCUCCCCCGGCAUCACAUCACAGAAUAGCAACAAAUGUGUCGACUGCCCGUGAUGUCUUUGGCAAUGGAGGAGGCCAACGGAAUGGUUAUACCAAACUACCCAGCCGGGGUUGUGUGUCUCCAGACGAAGCAAUUCUGAUGCGUCGCAAUCAGCAUCGCCCCCUACAGGCCAGCCAACGUAAGAGUAAGUCACUGAAUGGGCUGCAGAUGGAGAACACAGUGAGUAGUCUGGACAGUGGACCUCUCUCAGACCACCUCCAAAGGGUGGGAUUGGGCAGCCAUGCCAAACUGGAGCGGCAGAACAGUAAGGGCAGCAAAGGAAGUUCUACCCCCUCCCGUAAGGUCCAGAGCCCCUUGGGGAACAGAGUGGACAGUGACAAGCAGAGCCCUGAUCUUCAUGGGUUGCUCAACAUACCACUUCAGGACUCCGGAAUCCAGUCAUGGGGCGAUGAGUCCAAGUGGAGGAGUGGGACAGAGGACAGUAACCACACCCCGUUCAGCGAGAGGAGUCGCAAAGAAAAAGGAGGCUUUAGGAGCUCGUUCAAGAAACUCUUCAAGAAAAAGACCGGUGAUGAGAAGAAGGAGAAAGGAGGCGAGAAAACUCCAGAAAAUCUAAACAAUGGUGAAUAUGAGACACCAGGGAAAAAUCCCAAACUGGUCCAAUUGGAGAUGAACCGUGGCACAGCUGUAUGAGCACCACUCUGCAAACACACACUGUUACACAUGAACAAAUAUGCUGUAAAGUAAUAAUAAUACAUAUAUACUAAUAAGUGAAAAUAGAGGCUUUUUGGGGGGGUCUUACAGAUGCUGUAUAAAGGCUGUACAGGUAUGAGCAACUUUCCCAAGUAAAAAUGUGAUUUAUAUUUCAAUGACAAAAACCUUCCCUGUGUCUUCACACUGAAGGAAAGCUGAUGUGACUGUACAGUAAAUAUCACUGAGUUGUUUUGCUAAUAUUCUGUGUUAUGUGAAGUUAUAUGAAGAUUGACUGAUUGACAAAAAAGACAGGCAGUAAAAUAAACUUUGAGUCAACCUAAAUUAACUGACUCCACAGUUAAAAACAAUAUUUGAAUGUGAGACAAAUGUAGCCCCACACUGAAAGAAAAAACCCACUCCAUUUUCUUUCACAACAUAUUUUUCUUUCCACUCUGAUCAAAACGUUUUAUUGCACUCUUUUAGAUCUUUAAACCUAAAAAUUUAAAGAGUUUCACUCCAGUUUAGCUUUCUUUCUUAGCAAUAGCCAGAAUUGUAUUACUGCAUAUACUCAGGAGAACGACUAUAAAGCAGGUAUAAUUUGUGUAUGUUUGCAUGUGAUUAAACAUUUUGCAUAAAGACUUUA